CUCAGCUUGCUGUCGCCGUGGAUGUUAGUCAAGCAGAUCUCAGCCUCUUCGUUCCUGUUUGGACAAAAUAACACUGUGACUUUUAUUCCUCUGCUGGAUUUGAGUUGUUUUUGUUUGUUUGUGUGGAGGUGAGCAACAAACUCAAUCUGUUCACAGGUGAAGUGGAGAAGAAGCUGUGAAGCUGUGGAAAGGAGUCAACAAGAGAUUAACACUCACACAAACACUCACACAAACACACACACACACACAUAGGCAGACCUCUCUGAAAGAUUGAUGAGGUCCUCUCAGGACCCGCAGGGCCUGCUCUGGAGUCGAUAAGGCGGCUUCCAUUUCACCUCCAUUCAUUCCUCCUCCUCUUUCAAUUGGACGCUCCACAGGACGAGGGGUGUGGCUGCGAAGCGCCACGGCGGAUGAUGACAAAUUUAGGGCCCUUGGCGGAGAAGGACGGGAAUCAGGAGCCAUGAAAGGCCGCAAGAAGGACGCCUCCCAUUGGGUGUGUAGCUCCACGACGGAGAGCGGCGAGCCGUGGGACACCAUGUUUUUGUUAAAGUGGCGGAGGAGCAGGGGUGCAGUGAAGCCACAGAGCUGAGAGUAGUUUAAAACACACACACACGUACAGGACAAUGUGCAACAUCUCCUUCUGCAAUGUGGACAGCAAGGUGGACCAGUACUUCCAGCCAGCACUCUACAUCAUUGUCAUCGUGCUGGGCCUCCCCACCAACUGCAUGGCGUUGUGGGCUGCCUACAUGCAGGUGCGCCAACGCAACGAGCUGGGCAUCUACCUGAUCAACCUGUCAGUGGCGGACCUGCUGUACAUCAGCACACUUCCUCUGUGGAUCGACUACUUCCUGCAGCGCGACGACUGGAUCCACGGCCAGGAGAGCUGCAAGCUUUUUGGUUUCAUCUUCUACACCAACAUCUACGUCAGCAUCGCCUUCCUCUGCUGCAUCUCUCUGGACAGAUACCUGGCUGUGGCCUACCCGAUGAGGUUUGUCAAGGUGCGACGCAUCAAAACAGCCAUCUUGGUCAGCGCCACAGUCUGGAUCAUUGAGAUCGUGGCCAACUCUGCGCCGUUGUUCCACGACGAGCUCUUCCAAGGUCGCUUCAACCACACCUUUUGCUUUGAAAAGUACCCCAUGCAGGAUUGGGUGGCCGGGAUGAACCUCUACAGGACCUUCCUGGGCUUCCUGGCUCCUUGGACCGCCAUGCUGGUGGCCUACCGCGGCAUCCUGGUCGCCGUGCGCUGCAACGUGUCCACCGAGCAGCAGGAAAAGGCCAAAAUCCAGCGGCUGGCGUUGAGUCUGAUUCUGAUUGUGCUGUUCUGUUUCGGCCCGUACCAUGUUCUCCUCCUGGUGCGGAGCGUCAUGUUUCUGAGGAAGCCGUGUGACUGCGGCUCAGAGGAGAGCUUGUUUGCAGCCUAUCAUGUUUCGCUGGCGCUCACCAGCCUCAACUGUGUCGCUGACCCCAUUCUGUACUGCUUUGUCAACGAGGGGGCCAGGCACGACGUAGGCCGUGCUCUCUCGGCUUUGCUGUCUGCAGCGUGCCACAAGGGCGCCGGCUCCUCGCCGUCGCACGCCGACAUGCUCAACGGCGCCUCUGUGACCGUGGAAACUCCCCUGGCUGCAAAGAAGCAGCCGUGCGUUUACGCGGAUGGCGGCAAAACCAGUAGCUACAAGACAGAACUGGUGGCGCUGAAGGAGGAAUGUCUACAGAUGAGCAUCCUCAGGAAGUAAAGCCGUGGAAGGUACCAUAACAGACUUGGUAGUAGCAAGAAGAGGGCUUACGACAUUUGUCUGGUCUUUAUGCAUGCAUCCAAUGAAGCCACGCCCACUUGCAUGGAGAACUUGCUUUGAAGCGACUUGAAACUCUCUUUGCUUGUUUUGUCUGUUUAAUUUUUUUUACAGAAACCACAAAGUCAAGUCUGUAAAUUAUUAUUUGUUAUGUUGAACCGAAUAAAUGAUAUCUGGCACAAGAUGGCUUAAAUGGCUGCGAUCAAACGUCCAAUCUACCACAUAAACAGGGGAACCCACUUAAGUUGAUCCCGCUUCUGUUGCCAAGCCGUCUAUGUCCAACAACUCAUCAAGUCCCCUAUUAUUAUUAUUAAAAAGUGUGGUUGUGUUUCUUGUUGUGACUUUUCAUAUAGAAUUGUGUAGAUGAACUGAAUUUGGAGAUGCAUCUUGUCAUUGGAUAUACAGUAUGUUUAUUUCUAAUGUAACGUGCGUGACUCAUGACAGCACAAGCACAGAGGCUGAUGUACCAAAAGGUAAAUGUUAAUCACGUCUUCUGGCUACAGAAAACAAACAUUUGCACAUUUAUCCCUCCCACCACUGUGACCAAUGUGACCCAGAAUCCAUUUUUUCACAUUAUCGGAUUGGUACGUUGCUAGUCGUGUUCUCAUCCUGGCAGAGGAAGCUGCAUCCAACACCCCUGCAAACUGCAAACGCGAUAAUAAACAAAUCACAUUAUCACAAAUGCCCUCUCCAGCUGCAUCUAUGAGUGUUUUCAAAUGGUCUAACCCUCCAACCCCCCCAUGGAGACGCAAUCGUAAUGGUUCCGGUCCAUUCUAGCGUGUGAAUUAUGUUAUGAUGGAAUAAAAACAUGAACCCUGAGGCGUAAGAAGGACUACUUCCUGGGAUGGACCCCGUGGUGAUGAGCGAGCCGUGUCAAUGUAAGGUCUGUAAAUCGGACCGUUUGGACAUUCAGUAGAGGACUUCCAGUGGGCCUCGCUGUAUUCAGGAUCGUUAGGAUCCGAGCUGCAUCAAAUCACUUCUGUCACCUCUGUCUAUUAUCUGAUCAUAUGUUAGAUGAAUUACGAUUCUGGCGUUUCGUCAUUUUGGCAAAUACACUCUUCACUAAUAUGUCCUUUGUUUUGGUUUACAACCCUCUGUAGGAAAACUUUCUCACGGUACCCAGACGGGUCGGAUACUGAGCAAACAAACUGCAGCAGUAAAGAAUACAGUGGACGUGACUUUUCAUGUUUAUCUUACCCCCCGCA